GAGGCGAUGCACUUUUGGAAAUUCUCCAACUUCUUAACCAUAUUGAACAUCCACUAGAAUUACGAGAAUUGUUGCCUCCUAAAAGCAAAGUCAGACAGAUAGCCUUUGGAAAAAGAAAAGGUCAAUGGAAAUUUAACCUGGAUAGUCAAUUCAGAAAGUUGGCGAAUUCCAUGACGAGCAAUAAUAUUACCAUGAAUAAUACCCAAUUUUAUCAACUAAACGACAAAAGAGAAAUAAAAUUUACCCACCCAGGAAUAAUUUUGAACAAAAAAAUACUAAAAGAGAGAAGAAUUAGUCAAAAAAAGUUAGCUACUGAAACUAAUAUCCCCCUACCACUGAUUAAAGAAAUUUGUCAAGGCAAAAGGGAUAUUGACCAAAAUCAAAAAGAAGACGACCUUUUUGAGGUAGUGGAAGCAAAAGAAUUAGAAAAAAACAAGUGCUGCCAAAUAACUUUACGAGUAGGUUAUAGAGAGUUAAAAGAAAUAUUUCCUAGCCAUUGA